UAACUAUAAUUCAUAGUCUACGUUGUUACGAGUCUAAUUAUCGACAACACUUGAUUAAUGUUACAUUAUUUAAGCAUUAACUGAAAAUCACUGUAAAAUAUCAUAACUGACCACUUUAUAUCAUUUCUGUCAUUUUAUGGGUCCACCAUUAACUCAUGUAUAAAAAUUAUUUCUCAUUCUCGAGUCUCGACUACCACUUGAAACUUAAUUAAAUAUCACACCCUCUUAAGUUUAGCCCCUGAACUAAAGUAACAAUUUAUAAAUAAAUCAUAAUAUAUUUCUAGUUAAAUACAAGUAUGAAGUAACAUAACCUAAACUGGACUAGCAUAGCAAGAAUAUAGUUGUAACUUUAAAAUACUGCGUAUUAGUCAUUAUCUGUGGACUAGCCCAAACCAAGGAAAUGUUAUCGCCGUUUUUGUGAAUUUUUUACCUUAUAUUUUAACCAUGUUCACAGAAUUGUUUAACUUAAUUGAUCUUAGAAAUGAGGUAUUGGUUUGCAUAUCAUUGUCUGUCUUUUAUAUUUCAUAUUACCUGCUGGAAGUCGUCAAGAAACCGCUGCUGAUAUGCGGUGAUGGUGAGUUUCGGGACUUGCUGGAGUCGCAAGUCGAAACUCUACGCGAGCCUUUCUGGCCGACACCUUGGUGCGUUGAGGCGCGACUGCAGACCGUGCUGGCCUCGCUGCUGCGCUCGCGGCUUCUACCGCCGCUCACCACCACCAGACAAAUCGUGCUGCUGCCGGACGGCGGACAGGUGGCGCUCGACUGGGUCGAAGAGGAAGGGGCCGGGCCGACGGACGGGGCCGCCCCCGUCGUGGUCGUCGUCCCGGGGUUGACCGGAGGGGCCCACGCCGACUACGUACGCUGCGUGGCCGCCGCCGCGAGGGGCCUCGGCGCGCGCUGUGCCGUCUUUAACAACCGCGGACUUGGCGGAUUGCAGCUCACGACCCCGAAGCUGUACUGCGCGCUGUCGCACGAGGAUUUGGCAGCGGCACUCGUGGCGGCGGAGGAGCGCGCGGGAGGCGGGCCGCUGCUGGCGGUCGGCGUGUCGCUCGGCGGUCUCAUUCUGGCGCACCAUCUGGCCUCGCGCGGCGAGACGACUCGGGUGCGCGCCGCGCUCGUUCUGUCGUCGCCGCUGGACGUGGAGCGGGCGGCCGAGUGCCUCGCGCGGCCGGUCAACGCGCCGCUGUCUUGGCACAUGGCGCGCUGCCUGCGUCGCACGCUGCGGGCGCACGGCGCGCUGGCCGGGCGCUGGUCGGCGGCCGAGACGAGCCGCUCGGUGCGCGAGUUCGACGCGGCGUUCACGGCGCCGCACUUCGGGUUCGCGUCGGUCGAGCAAUACUACCGCGAGGCCAGCCUGCGCGACAAACUGGGGCACGUGCGGGCGCCGCUGCUGUGCGUGUGUGCGGCCGACGACCCGUUCCAGCCGCUGGCGGCGCUGCCGGCGCGCGAGGCGGGCGCGAGCAGUCGCGUGGCGCUGGCCGUCCCGUGGCGCGGGGGCCACAUCGGCUUCCUGGAGCGCUGGUGGCCCUCGAGCGUCGCGCGUGACCACUUCCUGUCUCGGCUGACGCACCAAUACUUCGCCGCGUUGCUGGCCUCGCCGCAUCUGCUGCAUCGGCCCCCUCCGGGACCCGCUUAGCGUUUGAUCUCCGACGCACAUUCCGUUUAAACCAAUCGAUAUCGCCGCGUGCCUUUCCGAGACGUUGUGUCGUGACGAGGUUGUGAUUCGUAUGUUAAGUUGUCUUUGCAAUUGUUAAUAUUUAUUUGUUGCCUGUCGUUGCAUUGUGUAGCGAGUGAAUUCAGGAUUUCUAAACCGAACUGAAUCAAUAAUUAAGUUAACGACCACUUCACUAUUUGUUGUGAUGGAUAUAUUUAUUAAUAUGAUAAGUAAGAAAAAUAUUUACAAUUAAAGCUUAUUUGCUGUUGAAAGAUUAGAGUAUUAGGCGAGCAACAGACGGCCUUCGGCCGUCUCGGGCACCUGCCAUGUAGUUGUAAGCAAAGGUUUAAUACCAAAUUACGUCCAAAGAGAUAAUAAACAGUAUCUGUGAUUUGAGUGGCCGCCCAAAGCGCACAUUUCAUCUAUGUAUUUUUUAUAUAAAUUGUUGAGAUAAA